UUCUAUUUCUCUCUCACACAAAGAUACUUUCACAUUUAUGUAUUUCUUCAGUAUAUUCAAAAUAUAUAGAGCACAUUUUUGGGCCUUUCUUUCACUCAUUUUUAGACGAUUUAUUUAAGAAUCAAGAAAUCGUGAAAUUUGGACGCGAAUACGAAAUGGGUCAGAUCGAGUACUCAGAAAAAUACUUCGACGAUACCUAUGAGUACAGGCAUGUUGUUCUUCCACCAGAAGUGGCUAAACUGCUUCCCAAGAAUCGUUUUCUCUCUGAAAAUGAAUGGCGUGCGAUUGGGGUUCAGCAGAGUCGUGGGUGGGUCCAUUAUGCAGUUCACCGUCCGGAGCCACACAUCAUGCUCUUCAGGAGGCCACUGAACUCUCAGCAGCAGCAGGAGAAACAAGCUCAACAAAUUCUUGCCAAGUGAAUAAUCAUUCCUCUGGUUUUCCCUCUUACUGAAAUCCUCAUUUCUAGAAAUGAACCUACUAUAAGAUUUUAAGCUAUUAUGAAAUUGUGUUCUCUCGGUUUAGGAUCAAGCGUUGAAAGUCUGUUUCAAUGAUUUCGAGCUCGAUAGUAGUUUAAAUUUACUGUUAGUACAUAUGUUUUCUUGAAUGUUCCAAUUUCAUUUCGCAAGUAUCAAAGGGUUAUGACUGAUUUUUAUUGUUUUAUCUUUAUAUACAAAGUAUCUUAUGUUUCAUGCC